CAAGAAUCAAGCCACCUGAGCUACUGAUCCAACAUAGUAGUAAGUAUCGUCUGCUCACACACAAAUCGGAAGCCUGUUUGACGGCGCCUACGAUGCUUUUCUUUCUGUGGAACAAAACUCCACUGAAGGUGGUUGUGUCUAAGAGGGUCGUCUGACAUGACGAUCACGCAUCCAGCUACAACCCUUGACUCUAACUGGACUGAGCUCCAGGUUCAUGUCAAGGUCAAAGCAGGUGCUAUGUCAUUAGGACAAACUCCAUCAACAGAUCCUGGGGUCAAAGGUCAGAGUGAGGGCCCUCGUGUUCAGGUCAUACACCUUCUGCUGCUUGUGUGCACUGUCACUUGGAGCUUUUCCUGUUUGUCUGCUGCUGUCAAACCUUGGCUCACGGGGGCAGUUUUACAGGCUGGAGCAGCUGCAGGAAACAUCUUUCCAGUGAACGGCUGUUUGGCUGCAGGUUAUAAAAGACUGCAGAGAGAAAGCGAAGCUCAGGCUGGUUCCGGCUCUGCAGCGUCCACCUCCUCUGAUCCAACAACAACGACACAAAGGUACCAACCAACAUUUCUAAUGUUUGCUUCUGAGGCCAAAGCUGUGAUAAAACAAUUGGCAGCACACGGAGACCUGAUCUCUAACUCCAACCUGAACGACCGACUGGACUUGCUCAAACUGGUGCGGGUCACUGAGGGACGAUUAUGGCCCGUUCCCAAGUAUAAGACCAUGGAGCUCUCUCUGCCAGAGCUGAUGGACGACUCUGACUUCUCUCCAGGUUUUGAGGAGGAGGUGCUGAUGAAGGAGUUUACCACAAGAGUAGAGAUGUGUGGCAGCAGUAGUGUUGGAGGAGGAGACGGUGCCGUGGGCGAAGCUGAAGUCAGUGCGAGCGCAGACACUGUGGACGGGCUGGAGACUCCGGUCAGCAUGAUGUCCAAGAAGGUGAAGCUCAGAUCUGUGAGGGACUGGUUCGGCAGCAGGAAAAUCAAAAAGAACAAGGUGCAAAUGCUGAGGCUGAAGGAAAGAGACAAGCUGAUGUUUGUCCACCAGACGGUCUACAACACCGGCCCCGUCAGGCUCCACAGGAAGUCCAAGAUGGACGGCUCUGUGUCUGCCUCCUGCCAAAAGCUGCUCAACCUGUUUAUGAAGGGUAGCUGGAAGGAGGAGACAAGCUUCACUGUGCCAGAAAAAUCAACUUUUGCCUAUGGGCUCAUGGAGAUAAGAGGUGUUCAAGAAGAGAAGCUUGAAAUCUCAUGUGAACCCUGGAUGAAUCAAAGUAUGUUUGACAGGCUCAUCAACAGCGAUACCUCAUCAGACAACAGUGCAAACUCUUCUGUGAGCCUGCAACAAGUGAAAGACGGUCUGGAGAUGAAAGUAGCUGCACUGCAGCCGCUGGCAGAUGUUCAUAACUCAACCCAAUGUGAACUCUUGCAAACACUGAGAGAGCUGCUGAAGAACAGAGAAGCUCUCACACAGCUGGAGCAAAUGUUGGAUCAGAGCAGUGCGGGAGCAUAUGAAGGUCCUCAGUCUCAGGCUGUCUCCUCCUUCCUGAAUGCUCUCAAUGUAUCCACCACCUCCACAGCUCAGAAAGAUGCUGUGCACCUGCUGGUCAGCGCCUUAGACACUCUGCCGGAUGAUGCUCCUGCUCUUCUGAUCGCCAGUGGUCCCGAUGUCCUGAGAGCCCUCAACCAGCUGGUGGAUGGGCUGCAGGUGGACGGUCAGAACCAGCUGGCAGAGCCACUGCCCCCUGCCCUGAAGGAGGACGGGGAGCUCCGCUGGGCGGCCCAGCUCCUCUGUUCCAGCCCCCAGACACUGACAGAGCUAAGUGAGCACUGGGAGAGACCAGAGCUCCCAGUAGGAGUCCUGCUGGAAGUGCUGGCUCUGGUCGUACGCGGACUGGGCCUGAUGCAGAACCUGCUGAGCAGCGGGACAGACCAGAGCUCCCAGUAGGAGUCCUGCUGGAGGUGCUGGCUCUGGUUGUACACGGAGUGGGCCUGAUAAAGAACCUGGUUUAGUCUUUCCAGUAGAAGGACACGUGUGUUUUCCGUUUUUUUCUGAAUUUCUGUUGUUACAGCUACAGAACAAAUUCCUGAUUUGAUCCUUUUUUUAUAUUAUGUAGUUCUUUUUGUUUUAUUGACCUCUGUUGUCACAGCUGUUAUUUGGCCUAAAUGAAAUUCUCAACAGACAUUUUUGGCUUCUUUCAUCUUUCUGGCUCUUUGUUAGUAACAGCUUUCGUUGUUGAUGUAAUCUCGUCCUGUGGAGAAAACAAGGUUUCAUGCUAACCUGUAAUGUCUGCUGUUCACUGGGACGAUCGUACCUCUGAGAUUUAUGUCCACGCAGUUCUCUCUGGUUCUACCAUUGGGAUGAGUCGUACCCAUCUCACCGACACAAACCUUUCACCGCUGAUUCCUAGCCACUUACCCUUCUGAAGAAAAACUGGGUCAGCACUAGUGCAACAGCAACCAAACAGCAGACAAAGACUGAGACACUCUUGCAUCGGCGCUUCCUCCCCAGGAGUUGGUGUGUCAGUUAGUGGCUCUGACAAUGAGCUGUCUGAUGAAGUGGUUGUCACAGUCCAGGUCAUUUAGCCACUGCACUCAAUCAUUUCCGGUUUUAUUUUGUACCACUUCCUGUUUAGUGCCCAUGUUUUCUGUUCCAGCUUUACCUCCGGUUUUAGUUUGACGCACCUGUGCCCUGUUACUAAUUGCUCACCUGCUAACUAUCCAGCCGUCAUCUCCAUUUAGUAUUUAAGCACCACCCCUCAGCCCUGCACCUUGCCAGAUUGUCUUUGUGUAUGAAUCAGCAAUCCAGCGUUAUCCUCAUGAUCUUGAACCUGUGUAUGACCUCGCUUCUCCUGACCCAGAUUCUCGUCUCAUCUCUGAUCCUGCCGUGCCGUGAGUUUGACCCUAGCCUGCCUUGACCACCGCUUGUCUAAACCCUGUCUGUACUGAACCUGCCUGAUCUGUGUAUCGACCCUUGCCUGCCUGACCACGAGCGUGAAUAAACCCUGUUGUUCACUGA